AGGUUGGCAAGGAGAGCGCCGCCUGCAAUGGAGGAGCCACCACAACUCGAGCUCAGCAACUUGGAGGUUCAGAACGAAGGGCCGGACACCAGCGAUGAAAAAACAGAUGAAGUGGAUGACUGUCCGAUCGAGGAGGUCCGGCUGACGGUGCCAAUCACAGACGACCCGACAUUGCCGGCGCUGACGUUCAGGACAUGGUUCCUGGGGCUGGUCUCGUGCGCGUUGCUGGCCUUCUGCAACCAGUUCUUCGGCUACCGUCAGAACCCUGUCUACAUAUCUUCUCUCUCGGUGCAGAUCGUGGUGCUGCCGCUGGGCAGGCUGAUGGCGGCCUGCCUCCCUCCCAAGGUCGUCGGGAUCAAGGGCACCCGGUGGUCCUUCUCUCUCAACCCGGGGCCGUUCAACCUCAAGGAGCACGUCCUCAUCACCAUCUUCGCCAAUACCGGCUCCAACUCCGUCUACGCCGUCGGCAUUAUCACCAUCGUCAAGGCCUUCUACCACCGGGACAUCCACCCGCUCGCCGCCAUGCUGCUCACUCAAACAACCCAGCUGAUGGGGUAUGGCUGGGCUGGUCUCUUCAGGAAGUUCCUGGUGGACUCCCCCUACAUGUGGUGGCCGUCGAACCUGGUACAGGUAUCGCUCUUCAGGGCUCUGCACGAGAAGGAGAAGAGGCCCAAAGGAGGGAGCACGAGGCUGCAGUUCUUCCUCAUCGUCCUGGCCAGCAGCUUCGCCUACUACAUCGUUCCCAACUACCUCUUCCCGACCAUCUCCAGCAUUUCCGUUGUGUGCCUGGUAUGGAGGAACUCCGUGACGGCGCAGCAGAUCGGGUCGGGCGUGUACGGCCUCGGGGUCGGGUCGUUUGGCCUCGACUGGGCCACGGUGGCCGGCUUCCUGGGCACGCCGCUGUCCACGCCGGCGUUCGCCAUCCUGAACGUGAUGGCUGGGUUCUUCCUGGUGGUGUACGUGGUCUUGCCCGUGGCGUACUGGAGCAACGCGUACGACGCCAGGCGGUUCCCCAUCAUCUCCUCCCACGUGUUCAUGGCCAACGGCAGCCGGUACGACGUGAGCCGGGUGCUGGACCCGGCCACCUUCCAGUUCAGCCAGGCCGGGUACGACGACGCCGGGCAGAUCAACCUGAGCAUCUUCUUCGCCUUCGCCUACGGCCUCAGCUUCGCCACGCUGGCCGCCACUCUGUCCCACGUCGCCCUCUUCCACGGCAGGUCGAUAUGGCGUCAGACGAAGGCGACGGUGAGCGGGCAGCAGGCCGGCGACGUGCACACGAGGCUGAUGAAGAGGAACUACGCGGCGGUGCCGCAGUGGUGGUUCCACGUGAUGCUUGUGCUGGUGCUCGGCCUCUCCAUAUUCACCUGCGAGGGGUUCGGGCAGGAGCUGCAGCUCCCCUACUGGGGCGUGCUCCUGGCGGCCGGGCUGGCGUUCUUCUUCACCCUCCCCAUCGGCAUCAUCACCGCCACCACCAAUCAGCAGCCUGGGCUGAACGUGGUGACGGAGCUGAUCAUCGGGUACCUGUACCCGGGGAGGCCGCUGGCGAACGUGGCGUUCAAAACGUACGGGUACAUCAGCAUGUCCCAGGCUAUCAUGUUCCUGCAGGACUUCAAGCUGGGCCACUACAUGAAGAUCCCGCCGCGGUCCAUGUUCGCCGUCCAGCUCGCGGGGACCCUGCUGGCCUCGUCGGUCUACUUCGGCACAUCAUGGUGGCUGCUUGAGAGCGUGAGCAACAUCUGCGAGCCGGCGAAGCUGCCGGCGGGGAGCCCGUGGACGUGCCCUGGCGACGACGUCUUCUACAACGCGUCCAUCAUCUGGGGCGUGGUCGGCCCGCAGCGCAUGUUCGGGCGCCUCGGCCGCUACACCAAGAUGAACUACUUCUUCCUCGCCGGGGCGCUGGCACCGGUGCCCGUGUGGGCGCUGUCCCGGUCCUUCCCGGAAAGGGGGUGGAUCCGGCUCAUCAACAUGCCCGUGCUGCUGAGCGCCACGGGGCUGAUGCCGCCGGCGCGGUCCGUGAACUACCUCAUGUGGGGUGCCGUCGGGCUCACCUUCAACCACGUCGUGUACAGACGGUACAAAGCAUGGUGGGCGCGGCACAACUACGUGCUGUCGGCCGCGCUGGACGCCGGCAUGGCGUUCAUGGGCAUCGCGUCCUACGCCAUGCUGCAGUCUGGAGGCGUCAACGGUGUGAACUGGUGGGGGUUGCAGGUCGAUGACCACUGUGACUUGGCUCGUUGUCCGACGGCACCGGGAGUCAGCGUCCCCGGUUGCCCCGUGCACUAGUAAGCAGCUGCCGAGGCAUCACCUGGUUAUGAAUUAUGAUACUACUUAAUUAGCGUUGUGGCUUUUUUCUUUUCUUUUUUAACUAGCUAUUGUAGCUCUUCCGGACUGUAAGCGAACGUGUAAGUGUCAACAUAACAAAAGGCAUGUUCAUGUGAAGGGAA